AUGUUCGCCAACACUGCCAUCCUUGCCCUCGCUGGCCUCGCCGGCCUCGCUGCCGCCCAGACUCCCACUGCUGGAGUCUUCCAGACCGCGCUCCCCGGCAACGGCACCAUCGUCGAGGUGACCAAGGUGUACACUGCCUACACCACGGUCUGCCCCAGCCCCACGUCGUUCGUGUUCAACGGCCACACCUACGACGUCACCACGUCCUGCACUCUGACCAUCACCGACUGCCCCUGUACCGUUGUUGAGACUCACGGCGGCCCUCCCACCCAGACCAUGGGCUGGGGCUCUGGCUCUACCGGCACUCCCCAGGAGCAGCCCUACAUCUGCAAGGGCGACAAGUGCCCCUCUGGCUCUGGAGGCUCUGGAGGCUCUGGCGGCUCUGGAUCCGGCGGCUCUGGCUCUGGCUCUGGCGGCUCUGGCUCUGGAUCCGGCGGCUCUGGCUCUGGUGGAUCCGGCUCCGGCUCCAGCUGCUCGGGCGCCGGCUGCAGCUCCACCGACACCCCCGGCGUUGUCACUGCUGGCGCUGGUGCCGUCAAGCUCAGCCUUGGUCUGGCCGCCGUCCUCGCCGUCCUGGCCCUGUAA